AUGGAUGCAUGGCUGCGGACUCUUCAGAAGGAGCAAAUUGGACUAGGUCAGUGCACUGGGGCAAACGGAGAGGCAGCAGAGCAAGCGAAAGAGGAAGAGGAAGAGGAAGAGGACUAUUCUGUGAGAGAAUCACGCUUGUCACGGUCCUUCCAUGAGUUGGAAGAGCAGGGGAAGAGUAUGGAUGCCUGGCUGCGGACUCUUGAGAACGAGCAAGGUGGAUUAGGUCAGUGCACUGGGGCAAACGGAGGGGCAGCAGAGCAAGCGGAAGAGGAAGAGGAAGGGGAGGAGGAGGAGGAAGAGGAAGAGGAAGAAGAGGAAGAGGGCGAGGGCGAGGGAGAGGAAGAGGAAGACCAUGCUGUGAAAGAAGCAUGCUUGUUGCAGUCCCUUCAGAAGUUGAACGAGCCGGUGAAGACGAAUGCGACACUGCAUUUGAAACCCUGCUCUGGAGUCCAGAUCGACCAGGGGGGACCGGGUCAGUCCGAUGUGACAAACGGAGCGGCAGCAGAGAAAGCAAGAGCUGGGGAGAGUCGGAAGCCGCGUCAGCUGCUGUCGCGGGCGGGGAUGGUUCAUUACUUGGAUGUAACGAGUGCGUGGGAUGCGGAUGUAUGCAGGUGCUGCUUUGACCGUGCAGUGAGCCAGAGAGCACAGCAAGCACUUGGCAUAAAGAGCAUGAAGGACGUGCGUGGCCGCCACCUGGCAAGACCCCAGCCGGAUUGCAUCCCUGCCGCAGCACCCGAGCAGCAGCAGCAGCAGCAGCAGCAGCAGCAGGCCAAUUUGAAGUGCGUUAGUGGAGCAAAGGAGCUGCGGGUGCUGCGAGCGGGCCGCAGAAUAUCGCCGGAGGAGGAGGUUGUAUGGAAGAUGGAAUGGGCGCCUCACUUUUGUGCGGAAGCAAUGCUGCUUGAGUGGAUGGCUGAGCCUCAUGUGGGCGUGCUCAUGGACCUAGGGAGGAUCCGAUCCCGCCUGCCAUCCAUUCUGGGAACUGCGAACGCUGCAGCAGAUGUGUUAUCGUCUCCUGCUGCCUCUGCUCCAGCUGCCGAUGCUCCUGCUGCUGCUGCUGCUGCUGCUGCUUCUGCUCCAGCUACUGCAACAUCUUCAUCUCCCGCUGCUUCCGCAGCUUGGUCCUGCUGCUGGCGCUGCAGCAGUUGCUGGGCUGCCUACCGCCGUGCCGUCAACUUCGCAACACACCUCGUUCUUGUAGCGAGAUCUUCCCGCAUUGUGACUCUAUGGAGGGCUCAUAAGUACUCGCACUUGGCCGCCUGGCCAGCAAUUCUGGCUGAGCUAGGGGCGGGCAGGCAGGCAGAAAAAGACUGCUUUGCUUCCAUGCUGGUUCAAGUGCUCGGGGUGAAGGAGAGUGCUGACCUGCAGGAAGGGUUUGGGUUUUUUUUGCAGCAUGUGCUGUCAGGCGGGCUGGAGAAGGUGCAUGGAGAGGGGGGAUGGGGAGACGGGGAAUGUGAGGGUGUGGGAAAAGGUACUGAAGAGGAGACAGGAAGGCAUGAGGGGCUGGCGAGCGAUGAGAGGUACGGGGAGGAGGAGGGAGAGAGCAAGGUACAGGUCCUAGCGGCUGCUAGGAAGGGCAGGAGGUUAAGGAAGGACUUGAAGUGGAGGGAGAAUGCGAGAGGGCCCGUGUGGAAGCGGUAUGUGGAUGGCAUGGCUUGGAUUUUGGAGCAUGGAGGGGGGGAAGGAAGAAAUUUCCAGUGCAGCCACUGCAGUGAAGGGGGCAGCAGCAGUAGCAGCAGCAGCAGCAGCAGCAGCAGCAGCAGCAGCAGCAGCAGCAGCAGCAGCAGCAGCAGCAGCAGCAACGUCAGCGGUUCUGGAGCCAGCAGUAAGAGCAGCAGUGCUCCCAAGGGCAUGCACGUGAGUGGUGUAGGUGCGACCGAGUUCGCCCUCGCUGUCACCGCAGCGAGUGAUGAGUCUGCUUUUGGGGCCAGCAGUACGAGCAGCGGUCCUCCCAAGGGCAUGCACGUGAGUGGUGUAGGUGCGACCGAGUUCGCCCUCGCUGUCACCGCAGCGAGUGAUGAGUCUGCUUUUGGGGCCAGCAGUACGAGCAGCGGUCCUCCCAAGGGCAUGCACGUGAGUGGUGUAGGUGCGACCGAGUUCGCCCUCGCUGUCACCGCAGCGAGUGAUGAGUCUGCUUUUGGGGCCAGCAGUACGAGCAGCGGUCCUCCCAAGGGCAUGCACGUGAGUGGUGUAAGUGCGACCGAUUUUGCCCUCGCUGUCACCACAGCAUUGCUGAAACCAGAGCACUGGAUGGAGGCAGAGAUGUACUUUUAUAAUGCGAACCCUGCGAGCAAGGUGCAGGUAGAGAGAGCAGCUAUUCAGGUGGCUAGAAGGACGCUGCUGCAGCAUCGCUUAGAGCAGAGAAGGGGGAUGGAUGGAGGAGACCGGGCAGAUUCCAUCUCUGGGAAACAGUGCUUGAAGGACGGUGAUCAGAGCAAUGUACGGGUUAUGCGCCACCCGCUUCGGGACCUUCCGAGCCUGCUGGUCAGGUUUGGCGCCAUUCCCAAGCCUCUGGAGGGAAGCAACGUUCCGUUGGUGUGGGAGGAGUUGCCUGGGGGCGAUGAAGCUGCUGCGAAGUUUCCUGUCAACCCGAAAGAGCGAUGUUUUGGGCUUGGGAUUGUGGAGGAGUGCGGUGGACUAGCAGAGAAGUGCACCCCACCUCCUCCUCCUCAGCGCACAUCUGAAGCAGGAGGAAAGAGCAGGAGUGCUGCAAGGAGAAAAGGCUGUAAGGCAGCAGGGCAGGAAUCCAGUGUUGAAGCCAAACCGAGCAGUGCGUGUGGGAAAGGGGCAGAAGCACCUCGGAACGCCGAGCACAGAGUCACACUACCGCCCGCCAGAAGCAAGCUUCCUAUCGUGCGCUGCGAGGCAGACAUAGACUUGCUGUUGGGGCUAGCCGGGUACGUAAUGGACCCCCCUGCAUGCACCCACUGCACCCGCUGCACCACAAACUUCCUGGCAUUUGCAUCCACCGUUGCUGUCAUUGCCAACUUUGCCUACCGCCCCGUAAGUCACCUUUUCGCCCGGGUUCUCUUGGCCUUCCCGCCGGCCUCCCCUGGGUUUGUGAAGCUGGUAGAGUGUUUGGACCUCCCUGCUCGCCUGCCCAGGCCUGUGAAUGUGGGUAUGCUGCUGGAGCGAGCCGAGCAGGUGCCUUUAUAUUUUCUCAUUCACAUGGCUGUGUGGUGCGCUCAUGCUCUUAUAAAAAACGAUGUGCUUGAGCGGGAAUGCAGUGGAAAAGGGAAAGAGGGCGCAGGUGGGAGGUUGAAGGUGGAAAGGUGCUUGGAUGGUUGGGAGGGUCAGGAGAACGGUGGAGAGGUGUGGGAGGAGGUGCUGAUGUGGUAUUCCUCGGUGAUGGCUGCGUGGAGGUUUGACGUGGUGGGUGAGGGAGAUAGCGAGGAGUGCAGAGGCAGCAGGAAGCAGGCGGCAAGAGGGUGGGACAUUUCGUGGUUUCUUAAGGCAGCAAUUGUCCCGAGGUACUGUGAGGGGUUGCAAGGGCAGCGUGGGUGUGCCAGGGAGAGAAGCACUGGCAGCAGCAGCAGCAGCAGCAGCAAUUGUGAGUGGAUGGGUGGCAGCAGCAGCAGCAGCAGCAGCAGCAGCAGCAGCAGUUGUGAGAAGAAAGGCAAGAAGGGGGAGGAGCCGGCGUAUCUGAAGGCAUGGCCGGGGGGGGUCAACCUGGUAGCAUGUUUGCGAGAGAUGCUGCUCGGGGAGCCUUGCUACCGCCCUGCAUCCCCUGCUACUCCUCCUGGGAGCACGUCCACCCAUGCUGCUCCUUCCACCUGUCCUGCUGCUGCGGUGUCUUCUCGACCUGGUGCCUCUCCCCUCACUUCUACGAGCAUCCGUGCUACUGCUGCUGCUGCUGCUGCUACUGCUGCUGCUACUGCUACUGCUGCUGCUGCUGCUGCUGCUGCUGCUACUGCUGCUGCUACUGCUGCUGCUGCUACUGCUGCUGCUGCUGCUGCUGCUACUGCUGCUGCUGCUGCUUCGGAUGUCCAAGGCCAUGUGUGCAGUGCUGCGGGGUGUGGGAGGGUGAAGGGUGGUGGUGGUUUUAAGCUGAGGAGUUGCGGUGGGUGUGGCAAGGUGGCGUACUGCAGCAGAGACUGCCAGAAGGCACACUGGCCCUCCCACAAGCUCACAUGCCCUGGCAGGACCAGCGGGAAAAGGCGUGGGAAGGAUGGGAACCAAGAUGGCUGCGAGAAAAUCCGCGAGGAGAGUGUUUGUGAGGGUAGUAGCGACAGCGGUGGUAAGGAAAGUGGGGUGAAUGGUGGAAAGAUGGUUGGCGAGGACUCGCACGAGCACGGAAACGCCGACCACUAUCUGCGGAACCGCGCUCGAUCCGGCAAGCAGGUGUUACCACUCGUCGGCUUCGGCGCCGUCGCUAUCCUCGUGCUGCUUGUCCGCGGCGGGUUACCGGCUCGAACACCUUUCCACCGCGGCAUCUUCCCUUUCCCAAAGCUCCCCGCUGGUGCGACGGCUUCCGUCCACCAAUCAACGACCGCCGCGUGGCUGGACCUCACCGCCCUGUUCUUCCUCUUUUUCGGCACCGCCGCUUUGACGCGAUUCGCCAUUAUCCACCUGAUUCGGCGGCAUCCGCAUUUGAGCCUCCCCCUCGCAGCGCUUCUUUCCGCCGAUCGCGGGGGCGGCGGGCGAGGUUCCUCGGGGGGAAGCGGGUGCGCACCGGGGGGAUCCGCGUUCAUGCGCGACCUCUGCGGAAAAUCCGCCAAGAUGGGACUCGGCGGGGGGUUUUGGCGCGCGGCGUGGUGGCAGGCGCAACUUUCGCCUUCUCCGCGCGGGAGGCGCAGCUCCGCGCAUCUGGCGGAGCGAUCUUCCGCCGGCUCCGCGGAUUUUAUGCGCUAUUUGCGGCCCGGCGGCACCAGCAAAAGCUUAUCAAAGCCCGGAGAUGCUGUAGACGACGCGUUAUGUCUUACUGUGAGGCGGUACACUAACGGGGAUAGAUAUGAAGGCGAGACGCGUGACGGGGUAGCGUCUGGAAGCGGCGUGUACUAUUUCGACGAAGCUGCGGGGAAAUACGAAGGCGAGUGGGCGGACGGAAAAUACAGCGGGCUGGGUGUAGAAUCGUGGGAGAGCGGGAGCGUGUACCGAGGCGAGUACAAACGCGGAUACCGCGAUGGGCGGGGGCUGUACCAGUUCCACACGGGGGACGCGUAUGCAGGCGCGUGGGCGCGCGGGCAGAGUCACGGCGCGGGGCUGCAGAUGUGCGCGGAUGGGAGCACGUACGCGGGGCAGUUCUCGUACGGGCUCAAGCACGGCUUCGGGAUAUACACCUUCAGAAACGGUGACAUCUACACAGGGGAGUAUUUCCGCGACGCCAUGCACGGGUACGGCGUGUACACGUUCAGCAACGGGCAGAGCUACGAGGGCGCGUGGCACGACGGGUGCAAGCAGGGGCUGGGCCGAUACUCCUUCCGCAGCGGAGACUCCCUCAUGGGCCACUGGCACCUGGGAGCGCUGCUCACACGCUGCUGCGACACCAGCACUGCCUCUGCCACUCCUGCUUCCGCCGCUGCUGCUGCCGGCGCUGCCACCACUGCUGCAGCCUUUGCACCCUCUGCCACCGCCUCUGCUCCAUCGGCUGCCUGUGCGUUUGAUGCGGUGUCCGACUCUCUUUCGGACUCCGGCAGCUGGGAUGCAUCCUCAAGCCCAUCAUCACCAUCAGCCUUUUCAGCAGCAUCGUCACCAUCAGCAGCAUCCCCAUCAGCAAUGUCACCAUCAGCAUUCACAGCGAGCCAGUCUCCAGUCAAUGGGCGGCCAUUAGUGGACCCUGCUAAAGUCCUAGCAGCCGUUGAGGCUGCAAUGAGGGCAAAGAAGAGGGCAGAAGCACUUUCGGCUUCGGAUGAGAGUUUGUCUGAUGUGGUGGCUGCAGCCAAUCAGGCGGCUGCUACUGCCAGGGAAGUAGCAGCUGAAGCAAGGGCCUUGGCCCCCCAGCCUGAAACCAAGAAUGACCUGCAAAGCAGUUCCUGUCGUCAAAUUCAGAGUGUUCUGUUUCAAUCACUGGCCAUGAAGCUCGCUGACGGCAUGGCAGCGCUGGUCACGGGAGCUGGCUCAGGAAUUGGCCGAGCGGCUUCUCUGUAUCUGGCGUCCAAGGGCCUGCGGGUGACCGUUGUAGAUUUCUCAGAAGCAGGCGGAUUGGAAACGGUGCGGCUGAUUCGAGAGCAGACGGGGAGGCAAGAUGCAGCGAGAUUCGUCCAGUGUGACGUCAGCAAGCCUUCUGACCUGGCCCGUGCAUUCGCCGCGCACAUGCAAUGGUGUGGCCGUCUCGACGUCUGCCUGAACAACGCGGGCAUAGGCGAGAAGGAAUGGUUCCUGAAGGACACGUCAGCAGACGGCAAGGGCUCCUGGCGCCACGUGCUGGACGUCGAUCUGACGGCUGUUGUUGAUGGGACCCGCCUUGCUGUGCACGCAAUGCAGCUAUCUGGGAAAGGCAGCAAGGGCGGCAUGGGAGGCGUGAUAGUGAACGUGGCAUCAGCAGCAGGGCUGUACCCCUCGCCCAACGGCCCCAUUUACGCCGCAUCCAAAGCUGGAGUGGUCAUGUUCACACGUUCAUUGGCUCAUCUCGCUGCCAGUGGCAUUCGCAUCAACGCCCUUUGCCCUGAGUUCAUUGAAACCCCUCUGGUGAACCAGAUCACAGGGCAGGCGGCCAAGCAUCUCCCUAAGGUGGUGGCCUCAGUAGGCGGAUUCAUUCCCAUGGACACCAUUGUUGACGGCAUAGCUGAGCUGAUAGAGGAUGAGCAGAGGGCAGGCGAGUGCAUGUGGAUCACCAAUCGCCUGGGCAAGCAGUGGUGGCCGACUGAGGAGGAGAAGAUGCGCUACCUGGUGGCGGGCACACCUGGGGGAGGUGAUAGUAAAGGGGGUGACAACGAAGGAAGUGACAGAAAAAGUGAUUUAAGUGGUGGUGGAGGGUCGUUGGCGUUAGGUGCCAUGCCACGUGCGAGGAGGGGUGCUGGUUUGGAGGUAGCUGGAGGUGAAGCUUCUGGGAAGCGUGUGGGUGUGGCGAGUGGGCUGCCUUCGACUUUCCGGAAGCUUGUGGUGCAGCGCCUCUCAUCGGACUUCAGGCAGGCCACCAGCAUCAUCGAGGCGCCACUGCCAAUGGCUGUCCCAGCAGGGAAGGUGCUGCUGCGAGUUCGAUACGCAGGAGUGAACGCCAGCGAUGUCAACUACUCAGCCGGCCGCUACGCAGGCAGCCCGGCGGAAGCAUCCCAGCAGCUUCCCUUCAACGCAGGCUUCGAAGCAGUGGGGGAGAUUGUCGCACUACCAGGCAGCACACAGCCCAACGAGGGUCUAGGAUCUAUGGCACGGGGGAGCAAAGGGGGGCUGGCAGGGAGGCUGGCAGUGGGGCAGGCAGCAGCAGCGCUGGCGUAUGGUGCAUUCGCUGAGUACAUGCUUGUGGAUGCCCGAUGGGUGAUUCCUGUACCUGACUGUUCCCCGCAAAUGGUGGCUUUAUUGACCAGUGCCCUCACUGCUUCAAUCGCCUUGUCCGAGUCUGGGCGUAUGGGCAGUGGUGAGACGGUCCUGGUGACGGCAGCAGCUGGAGGGACGGGCCAGUUUGCAGUGCAGUUGGCAAAGCUGGCAGGGAACAGGGUGGUGGCGACAUGCGGCAGUGAGAGCAAGGCAGCCGUGCUGAGGGACCUUGGAGCGGAUGUGGUGGUUAACCACCGCACAGAAACGGAUAUGGCCAAGGCACUGAAGCAGGCCUGUGGGCCACAGGGAGCAGCAGUGGUGUUUGAGUCUGUGGGGGGCGAUAUGUUUGCUGCUGCACUGAAGGCGCUUGGCCGAUUUGGGAGGCUCAUUGUGAUUGGCAUGAUGUCACAGUACACGGCAGGGCAGGAGGGGCAGUGGGUGAGCAAGGCUUAUCCUGGUCUUUGUGAGCGCCUGCUCUCCAACUCCCAGACGCUGGUCGGGUUCUUCUUGCUGCACUACCCGCAACUGUGGCGCUCCCAUUUCACCAAGCUGGUCACCCUGUACCAAGCAGGCCUGCUCAAGGUGGCCCUCGAUCCGACGCCGUUCAAGGGACUUCCUGCAGUGACGUCAGCAGUGGAGCACUUGCAAGCUGGGAGCAGCGUGGGCAAGGUUGUGGUUGAGAUCAGUCGGAGCGGGAAUGUGUCACCUUCAUCUCGCCUUUGA